AUGGGAGUUUACCGGCAAACCAACAACACGGCUGAGAGCUUCAGACAGCUGGUAAAGUCGUCCAGUACAAGGUUUUUCCGUCCUUGUUUUUCCACUUAGCAUGCAUUGGUCGUUUUCGUUGUUCGCAUUGACCGAGCUCAGCGACAUGAUGACCAAAACAGCAACAAUGGCUACGGCGAAGUGCUGCCAGAGCGAGCGUGGACUUUCAAACAUAAUUUUCGCCUUUGUUGCAAGGAGGAAAGUAUGCGGUGCAAAAGAGAGAAACUAAAGCAAUUAAUAAACUUUGUGUUCGUGAAAUUCUAAGCUUAUCUUGUGUGUGGAGCUUACUUUUUUGAAUUUCGCGGCCGGAAUCUAGUUUGUUUUGGUAUCGCGUAUAAUUUCGAUGGGGGAGGCACUGGCAAAUUCGCGCCGGAAGCAGGGAAGGCACGCAUGCGCACUGCGUUUUUCACGCGUGUCCUUGUCAGCAAUUUUAAUACAGCCAUGCAUAUUUAUUUUUCUUUUAUAGACACCUACUAGGCUUUGAAACAGCUUUUUUUGCCUUCGAAGUACUAAACAGGAGGGGUACCUCGGAUUCCAAGUGACGGGGAUGAUCCGUGGAAGCGAAAAUUAAGACAUUGAAAGAACGAAUAUUUUGAACACUUAAGUAAAGCCACAGCUAAGAAAAAAAGCUUUGUUCAAAAAAUUGUCAAACCAAGAAAAAAACAUACUUCCAUCAUCCCCGUGACUUGGAAUCUGGCCAGAGUACCCCUUCCCCAACCCCCCCUCCCCUAUGCCGGGUCAAAAUACUAAGUUCCCCCGGCCCAAUGUCCCAACUAACAAUCGCGAUGGUCAAGGGAUCGGAGAAUACUCUCUUGCUGCAGUAAAGAACUUGCAGAAUAAUACCAAUUCUCCGUGGCCAACGGACUCAACGCUAUAAUUAAAUUUGGUUUUGCUUGUUGAUUUUUUCGCGAUUUGCUCACGACCAGGAGCCCAUAACCCCAACCACGACCAAAUUAUGAAACCUGUUAUUACAAGAAAAAAAAUACAAAGACACAGUCAGUCAGACAGACAGAACAUAAUAAAAAGACCUCCAUUAAGAUUUUAAAAGAAUCAAUACAUGACACUGUCGAAUACGAAAACCCAGAAACCAUUUUGUGGAAAAAAGGUUCGCAUACAGCUAUCAGCUGCUUUUGUCCACAACUCGCCGGUAGAGGUGCGCGGAAACUAGUGAUUGUGAAAUGGCUUCAAACUAUGAUCCUAUACUGUUGGAAUAUUACUUAUCACAGAGAGCUACACCUGAUUAGCAGACCAAAUCCUCUUGGUUCGUGUGGACAAAGUAGCUCGCGUCCCGGCUAUUUGCACCAUGCUACCAUAGUCUCCCUAGAUUCUCAAGGUGGAUAAUGUUAUUCACGGGAUAACUUUCUAUCCCGUGGACAGCGCAGUUGGUUUUCCCAACACUUCUCCGCUGAAGCAUGAUAGAGAUUUAUCCGCGGAUAGCGCUAUUCAUAGUUUGAACACUGUUCCCGUUUAAACCGGACCAGACGAGCAUAUUCCAACACUGAGUUUAGUUACAGCAGUAGUUUACUAUAGUUAGAUUUUAUGUGGAUUAAGAUGAAGAAGAAGUCAUUUGAACGGAUUCGUAUCAAGUCUCCAGUCGCUUCCCUGUAUUCGGGAAGGAUUUAGUGAGUCCAAGUGCAUCAAGGGAAGAAAGGAAGAAAAAUGCCACGCAACCGUUACUUUUUUUUUGUUUCUUUCCCAAGCGCCUUAGUAUGUGUCUCGUCUUAGGGAAAGUUAAACAUUUUGUAUCCGAAUGAAAGACGAAAAGAAAUGUUCUUACAUUGAAGUUCAUACUUUGAUAAGACAGCAACAAAAUCCCUUUGAAAUUCGCCAAACGAUCGUGUUCUUUCUUUUUAGGUGCAAAAUACAAAGAUGAGUGCCCUGUGGAAGACAUGAUCCCAAUUUACUUAAUAGUGGCUGCAUCGGCUGGACUCUUCAAUACUUGCUGCUCAAGCGCUUUGAUAUACCAAAGUGGAGAUGACAAGCAGACCCUGAAUCCGCUCAGCGGUCUCAUCCAACUCUUCCAGUUUGCUUGGUUCAUUGCUGGAAAUGUGUGGAUUUAUAGUAUCUACGAGCCUAACUACACUGACCCCAGCAGCCCAGAUUUCUGCAACAAAACGCUGUAUCUAUUUGCAUUCUGGGUUACUAAUUCGUAUUAUAUCUUGUUUGGCGUCGUACUUGGAAUCGUGAAAUGUUGUACAUGUACAUGUUGUAUGGGUUUGACGGUAGCAGCUUGUAGCCAGAGUCUGGCGUAAAAUACAAACCAAUAGAUCUUUCCAUGUUUUUAUUUUUUUUUUAACUUUAUGACAACUAGUAUUUAGCCAUAUGUACUAACUAGAGAAAAUCGUAUAUCUCUGGUUGGUGGAUGAGAGCUCGACUUUCUAUCAAAACUUCACCACGAUAAUAAUAAUGAUACUAGCAAUAAUUUUGAUUCGUUUGCGAAGAAUGCAAAAAGCCACAAUCUCGCUGUCGCUCAACAUAGCAUGUUGUCUCAAGAGGGCAACUCUAACUCACUUGGCCACCUCAUCUACGCUGUGCGUCCUCCUGUGUGGUUCAUGACACGCAUCUUUACGUUUCAGAUUGCAAUAAAAAACUUAUGACAGCUUAGCUUAGGCUACAAUGUUAUGGUAUGGGGCUGGACCCGAUGAAUUUUUUGUAAUAAAGGUAAAAUUGUUUAAAAAAAAUUGUAAAAAUUUAGAUAGAAAAACUUGACAAUACAAUAAACAUUUUGAUACAAUUGAAUUAUAGUUUACAAACUAUACACUGAAGACCCAUCGCUGAAUUAGAAGGAUACAAAUGAAACUAUUUUGCAACAUUCGGUUUUGUCAGACUGGUCAUGCGCAUGCACAAUAGUUGGCGAAACGAGUGGUAAAGUCGUGACUCGAACUCAUUUAGCUUAUGGCUAAGUCUACAGUUAAUUUUGGAAAUCAGCGCAACCUACAGAUUAGCCGACAGUUAUGGGCUAGCAGAUUGGUGACUUAUUUGAAGGUUGUGCACACAAUGCAUGAUUUCCCGAAGAGCAAUGUCAAACUGUGUUGCAUGCGAUUCUGUGUUUUUCCUUAUAUUCUUCUCGGUACUGUUAUUAACAGUGGCCUUCGGCUCGACUGAUACCCUUACUUACCCCGACCUUGAUUAUUCCGGAUAUCACAAAAAGCCUCAUCCAUUAAUUGUUUAAUAUUUGAUCGCAUAUGUCUUGCAUGCAUAACUGGUUACCUUGUUUGUCAACUUCCGUGUUGAGAGCAAACAAACGAGUAUAACACGUCGAAAGCAAACAAGCCAGUGUCAAAUAACAGGGCGAGUCCAAGGAAAUUGUGACCGAUUUCUGAGACAGGGUAAGUAGUGUCUGUUUCGACUUCUUUCUUUAGUGACAGUCCUCGCCUGUAAACUGAAGGACCUUUUCAACUUUUUAAACGGUUUCUUUCUCAUGGUAGCUUCAACUGUUCACAGCAAUUAAUAUCGGCAAGCAGAGGUUGAAAAAAAAAAUACAGAAAAGUAUACUGGAUCUCAAAUUCAAGGUGUAGGUAUAGAACACAGCCCCUUGAACCUGUCCCGAAUGCGAAAACAAACUUCAAGUUUCUUCUUCUAACGAUGAACUUAAAAAAUCAAAUGUUUUAUUCGUCUUGCGAUGAUAUGCACUUAUUGUACAAUUUUGCCUUCAUUAGGCAUCCGUGCGGAUGCACACGCAUUAGUCCGAUCAGCAAACCUUCCGCUACCCACUAGCUUGGAAAAUCACUGUUGAAUUUUUGUGACGGAAACAAGUACGUCCAGUCUAAAUAUGUGCUGAGAUUAUAUAUGUCCAUGACUAAGAUUACUUUUCAUAAUAAAGAUAUUUUUAAAAUGACUAAUUGAUACAGUCAAAAUCGCCAAAAAAAAAAUGAAAAGUUCAGUAUAGUUUGUUUAAGCUUUAACUGUAUGCACGAAAUUUGACAUUGGCAAGCAGUCGAAGGUUGAGAAAGGCACCUAGUAUGCCAGUGUCUCAAAUACAACUUAUGAAGGUAAAAAGAUCGCCAGCUAGAUAGAGCACACGUGCGAAACGAUUGUUAAAUCAGAAGAAUAACGUUAAAUACGUCAACGUUUCAGCAGCUGUAAUUUUGUAUAUUUGACCGUACUUUGACAAUAGCGUGACGUCACAGCAUGGCGGGUUAAAAGCUUUGGACUGGUUUAACUUUCGUGUUGAGAGUAUAAAAAACGCGUAUAAAGCGGCGAAAGCUGACACGCCAAGCCAAAAAAAGCGAGUCCCUGGAAAUUGUCACUGAUCUUAGUCAGAGUGAGUUGUGUCUCUUGGGAUGUAAAGAGUAUAACUGUAGAGUUAGUUGAUCGAUCAUUUACCAUGAAGCUGAUUUUACUAUGUUUCCCUUUUAAGUGUACGCGUUAGCAGUUGCUAUAACUGCAAAGUGUCUUCCUCGGUAAGGCCAUGAAAAAAAUCGCUUCACCUGCGUAAGAAAGAAAGUCAGAUCAGCAAGAACUGAUACAUUCAUUACAAAUUCUCUCGUUGGUGGUUAAAUGGUCAGAGCACUAACAUACACAGCGUGUGAACAGAAUUCUUACGUUUUAGAAGUGUAAGUAAUUAUGAGCAACAAAUAUCGUCUUCGCGUUGAAGGCAGUGAACUGUGUAUUACAUUCCUCAAUUUGUUUCGUCAGUAACAGCCGUCACUGGAAAAUGGACUUUGAUAUGAAAAUUGGAUAACGUUGUCAUAACCAAGCCAUCAAUAAAAUAAUGCGAUUUUAUGUUGUGUAGUCUUUUAAAACAAUGUCUUCAUGGGAGUCGCAACAAUUCACAACAUUUUAAAAUUUUCUUAAUGAAAGCAAGGCUACUUCAUGUCUUCGUACUUUCAACCGGACCCAUAAGUGUAGCUAACACUUUCACGGACUAGACGGAAAAGCCACGUAAAACUUUCGUGACGACCAAAGUUCCCCUAAGACAUCCGAACAGACAAAUAGUUUUUAGGGCAACUCCAAAUCAACCAAACAGGCUUCUAAAGCACAGAGAAAACCAUUUGAGACACUUCUGGCGUCUUUGGAAUUAUUAGGUCGUUGGGUGCCCCUCCUGUCAUGUUGUUUAAAGUGAACAGUGUGGUUCGAUUUGUUUCUUUAGUAACAACAGACUUCGAUAAGAACGUAAUUCAGCAAUUUUAGGACUUUUUCAAGUCUUUCAAGGGCAGGCUCAACUGUUCAUAACAACUUAUAUUGGUAAGCAUCAGGCUGGACAAAAGAAAGAAAAGCAUCACGGGCUCUUAAAUUCCAAGGCGUAGGUACAAACCACGGCCGCUAGCUAAAACCGAGUCACUUGCCUAUAAUUUGUGAUUAACGUCUUCUAAAGAUGUCUAAAAGUAUGAAAAUAAUGUUGUAUUAGCCUUGAUGAAUUUAGUUUGUCGCUUGAAAAGGCAUUCGCGCGGAUCCACACGAAUUACUUCGAAUAUUAAAACUUGCGCCACUUACUUGGAAAAUUACUGUUUGUUGUGACGAGAACAAGUUGCACGUAUAAGUGACCAAAUUAUACGUGCAGAAAAGCAUGCUUUGUUGCUAGAAAGAUUUCAGAGUUGAGCCGCAAUUGGGGUCCAAGUUUCCCUCUUGCACCUCACCUACGCUAAUCUUCCGUAAACAUCUUAAAGGAGCUGUGUCAAGAAAUAAAAUUCAGCCAAAUUAGGAAAUUACAAAAUGCCUGUUAAAUUAAGAGAAACACAAAAAUAGCCGCUUAAAACUUUAAAGGAAGGUUAAAAUAACAUAACAGAAAUAACAGAUGCCAUGGGAAGAAGAAGAAGAUUGAAACGGACUGAAAUUAGGGUGAGUGAAAACUGUUCAGCCUAACAGUUUUUCAAAGGCGAUCCCUGCUGCUUGCAACUUCAAAAAUAAUGCUCGGGAGACAUAUUUAUUUGUCUCGGAUCUCUGAUUUGUCAUUUACAUGUAAUUUCUUUGAUUACUUUAAGUUCCAUAGCGAUUGAGGGCGAGUGAUUGGCAACUAAUACAACAAAAUGAACUGGACAGCCGUGACACAGCCCCUUUAACUAACUUAGAAAAUUUCUAUCUAUCAUGUGUCGUGAGAUAUUGCUUGAGAGUAAAAGUAGUGUUUUUUCAAGGAAAAUAAGUCGUAAUGGCAGCGACGAAUAAAGCCUAGUGAAACGUGGAACAGAGUUCUGGUACCUCUUCGCAUCUGCUUAGCGGGUUGCGCAUGCGCCUUCCACAUUGCAUAACCAAAGUCCCAGGCCUCCACGGAUAUAAAAACUCCUAUUUGCAAGUAAACUUUUCCUUUUAUCGAUUUGCUGCUGCUGUCAUUAAAUAUGUUCACUUUGAAAAAGAGUUCGGCUUUCUAGUUAGUGAAGUUUUACCAAAUUAUUUCUGUAGAGAAAUGAUGUGUUCAGCAUGUCACAAACACGGGACAAAAAAAAAAUCUAAGUGCCUGACAGGAAUUGAACCUGUGCUCAUGACCUUCUAUGCACAGAUCGGAUGCUCUAACCACUGAGCUACGAAGGAUUCGUGACGAGGUGGCUCAUAUACAAGGUUCUUCCCUUAUUGACAAUUUUUCCUGCAGGAGAGAAUAAAUCAGUUGACCUUCACGCGAUCAUUCCUUACAGAAAAUGCAAAAUCACCAAUCCGUUUUGGCGGUUUUAAUAAUCAUUUACAUCAUUUCUUUUGCAGGUUGUUAACCUGAUUCUCGUUGGCUUGCCGCAGUAUACUGUAUGCAAAUCAAACUAAUCAGCAGAUAUGGGGGUUUCUUGGAUGGUUCUUUUGGGGACACGUGAGUUUUAAAUAAUUUGUUUUACUUCACCCUUUGAAUAUUAUAAGAUUUUAUUCCUAGUCUUUCCUGAGCCGAAAAUGACUUUUCCUCUCUUCCAUCUUUUUGGUAGGGUUCUUUAAAGCAUGUUUUAAGGUGUUGUUUAAUGUGUCAUGUAUCUUAUCGGUAAAUUCAGAAAAACGAUAUAAUGAAUCCUACAGCCACAGUCUUUUAGUUUUACGUUGAUGAAUUGCUUUGUUUUCUUUUACAGUGAUAACUGCCAUUGUGUUUUUAUGCCUCAUAACGUUUCCUCUUCAGAUAGCCAUGAUAGUAAUGGGUAAGUUUUUCCAGUAAAUUAAUUUGUAAUAGUCCCAUCUUAGAAUAGUCCAAUAUCAUUGUCUAUUAUUCUCUCAAUCAAAUUCUUUAAUUUCUACUGGCUAUGAUGUUGACUACCGCAUUGGUUGUCAAAACCUCAAUCAUUACACUCAUGACCUUGACAAUCAUUUCCUACUGAGUAAUAACAGAGAUGACAAUGUUAAAAGAACUGAGAUAUAAAGGUACAGCCUUGGUCUUUCAAAUACUCGUGUGGCUCGAACUCGCCCCAUGUAACUGAGGGAAUCUUUUCCAUUUAUGGAGUCUGGAUUCUGGAUUCCACGCCGUGGAUUCGGGACUGCAUGUACUGGAUUCUAGCCUUUUUCAGUGGAACUUGAAUUUUGGAUUCCAAACAUUAGUGGGAUUCUGGAUUCCUUGAGCUGUACUUCCGAUUUCAAAGCUUAGGAUUCAGGAUUCCACAAGCAAAAAUUUCGCGGAUUCCGGAAUUCGAUUUCUGUUACACGGGAGAUCCAAUGGCCACGUAAGAUGCCGGUCCGAUCUCUUGUACAAGAUGUAAGAAUGGUUUCCUCAAAUAGUACUUUCGUGCUAAAUACGUUGACAAUCAAAUAAAGAACAUUUUUUCCUUUGUCUUAGGUACAAAAUACAGGGAUGACUGUCCUGUGGAAAACAUGAUCCCAAUUUACUUAAUAGUGGCCGGAGUAGCUGGUCUGUUCAGUAGCCUUUUGUUUUUUGCCGCAUUCACUAGUAGUCAGGAAGAUGACCAGCAAACCGUGAACCCGUUCAGCGGUCUCAUCCAACUCCUUCUGUUCGCUUGGUUCAUUGCUGGAAAUGUGUGGAUAUACAGUAACUACGAGCCUAACUAUACCGACCCCAGUAGCCCAGAUUUCUGCAACAAAACGCUGUAUCUAUUUGCCUUCUGGGUUACUAAUUGGUAUUAUAUCUUGUUUGGUUUCAUGUUAGGAAUUAUGUGUUUUAUAGGCAUGGGAGUAGCUUGUGCUAGCCAGAGUGAGGUCUAAAUUCUAAUUGAAGAAGGCCUUUUUUUGUCAACUUUCAAACAACUGCUUCUAAGCUAAAUGGCCCUUUAUCAAGAAAUUUGUAGUCACUUAAGUGGCAUAAUGUUUCGUUUACCGCAUUAAAUUGUCAUGAAUAAUUCAGUGUUUUUCGGUCGACAACAACUGGACAUUCUGUGAAAAUUACACGAAUAUGAUAAUCAUGUAAUACUAGUAAUUGUAGCAGUUGUAUAAGUUAAUAAUAAUAACAAUGAUAAUAAUAGCAGAGCUUAUUUUCAGAAACAUCACGCUUGCGAAGGGCAUUACGAAAUUACUACAACAAUGGAGGUGGCUAGUGGUGGAUUUACCUCCACUGAGGUGAAUAAUUGUUCUAGUAUAUACUAAAACAGUGAGAUAAUUGAGCACAAAAUGAUGGUUUUUAACUCAUUUACUGCUGUCAACGAUUUCAAUUUUAGCGCACAAAUGACCUAACGGCCGUCGAGUUUUCUUGCCGACAAAUAAAACUUUCGAAUGCAUUUGUUUAGCUUAUGUGGGGAAAUUUCUUCAACCGGGAGUUAUGAGUUCCAUUUUUAUUUGAACCCAUUCUGUAAAAAACUAUUAAAUUUAGUUUAAAGCUUAUUUAUGAACAUGUCAGCUAAAUAAAGUACGUAACACAAAAAGUAAUUUCAUUUGUAAACAGCUUGCCUUACAUAAAAUGUGUGUUACGUCUGUCCUGUGUUCUAUGGGCCGAUUUAUGGCCUUUUUUUGAGAGAGAAAACCCAUACCAUACAACCCAUAAAAUGGCCUGAAAUCGGCCCAUGGACCACGCAGGAGAGACGUAAAGCACAUUUUAUGUAAGGUAAGCUGUUUUUCUUUCUUGAAAUCCUUUCAUUUUCGUAGGUUACGGAAACGAUUGUUUUUUUCCCAUACGAAUCCUUAUAUUUCGAAUUUUACGCAACAAUGCCGAUGUUCGCCAAUGCUUUUAUUUCGAGCUUGGGCUACCUGUGCUCAAACUCCGGAUAUCUCCAGUCGUCGUCUGUCAGCCAGUCGUCUCGUGUAAAAUCCUUUAACUAUAAAGACUUUGCUUUUCAGUUUUCAUCCGAUGAAUUAUAGUAUAUUAUCAUUUUUUUUUUCAAUUUUUAGAAUGUACUAAGACCGUGGAUCACUUGUAAUGUUUUAAUUUUAUCCCAGAUAAUCAGUGCAUGUUCAAUGAGUAGCGAAAUACGUCAUUUACAGUUAAAAUUUGCCUUCUUUCAUUCUUUGAAUUUUUUUGACGGUGAAUGAACAUUUGGAGAAUCCAACAAUAGAAAAUCUUUCCAGAUUUGGUGAAUUUCAGAAACAAGCUGUUUAUAGUAUCUACCUUGCACUUAAGAUCUUUAAUUUUAUCCCCGCAAAUUCGGCAAAGUGAGGCGAGAUGUUAGACGUGAAUAUCCAUAAGACUAUAAUGAAGUUGUUUUGGCCUUAAAAAGAAAAAAGGCAAAGGUUCGUAUUAAUGCGAAAAAAAAGUAAUACCACGGCUCUGCCAUGUCUAGGUGAAACCCGGGAGUGGAACACGUACGUGUUUUGGACCUCGGAAUUCAAAACUUGUCUACCAAAAUUCUAGCUAGGUUGUCUACCAUCCCCACGUUCAACAUGAUAAAAGUUAAUCGAAAACUUCAUAAAAAAUCUGUGAAUCGAAAAAUAAUAGAUACUUCUUCACCUACCUUGAAAAGCGACCAAAAUUUCGCCUACAUCGCGUUGUUUAAAAGAAGACAUAGGCCUGUGAUGAAUAAUUCACGCGACACUUCCAAUAUUGCUUCCGAUACGCUGUCCACUUAAAAAUAUUGUGGAUGCCUCAUGAAAAGUCUUAAAAUAUGCCUGAGAGCCUCGAAACGGUGACUGUGGUCGUUUAGGUAAUCUAUCCGCCAGUUUCCCCGACAACAAUAGCUCCAUGACGUCGCAACUACCCAACUGUCCUUAAAUUUUAGGGAUAUUAGUAUUCCGGACUGUUAUUAAACGCGUAUGCGAAUGAGCAAAACAGUAAGCAAUGACGUCAGCAAGGAUUCGCCUAUUACCCAGUGCACACAGAUAAUGAAAAGGAAAACUUAAAAAUAAAAACUGUUUAAACCUUAAAAACACUAAAUUAAAUAGUGAGAAAAAUGUUACAAUAAAAAAGUCAAAAACAAAAGCAAACCAUUGCUGGCUCAAGCAAGCCAGCGUUGCAAUGACCAGCUAUCUUCUCUACACGAAACCGACGCAAAGCGUGGGACAAACACACAUCAAGAAUCAAACCAGUAUCUGACUUAAAUAGUUCUGCUGCUUAGUUCUAUACUUUCCUAGCAAUGAAGCACGGGCGUCCCAGAAUAUAGUUCAUGAUUGUGAAUGAAUAACUAUGACCGAGCUUUUUUUCAAAAAUAGUUGAUUGACUAAAAUUAUCGAUGGGUACGUCAAACUUACUGCUAACCAUGCAUGUCUUUAAUGACUUAGCAAAAAAAAGUAGCAAAAAAAACGUUUUGCUACUUUCGUGUUAAGAUUCAAAAAAAGUUAUUAAGCGAGCUGGCGCCAAAGAAAAAAAAUAGAGCAAAUCAACAGAAACGCGAGGCUAACCAGUGACAAGAAGCGAAUAGACACGUUUUAUGAAUCAAACAACCAAACUCAUUUUGUCAUUUGCAUGUGAUUGUCAGGUAAGCCUUAAAUUGAAAUCUCAUUUCAAUAUAUUUAUUUACGACUUUAUUAAAUCAUCCUUUUAAAACUCCUUGCAGCUACUGCAGUUUGUUUAAUUCAGUUUGAACUGAAUAAGAGUUCAGCAGGGAUUUCCAGUUCUUCGUGCUUUUAUAUCAGCAAAUCAUAAAUGUAGGAUGAUACAAAAAUACAAAUUCUGCUUACUCCCGACGAAGUGCAUUUGCAUUCCUCGUUCACUCUGAAAUCGCUGGUGCUCCUUGCAAUCUGAUUGGCUGUCAGCUUAUGCGAUUUACUCGAGAAACGCAUAACUUUAAUCAUAGUUGUUCUAAAUCGCAUCAUGUCCCUCUAUUAAAAUCGCAUCACUUCAUUUUGUUUCAGAUGUAAAAGCGUUUCGGUUCCUCUUUUAAACAAGACGGUUACUGUAUAAAUAUAAUUUGGAACCGACUCCAAUCCUGUAUUUGGGCGAUUAAACUGCGUUUUCAGAAUGGGUGAAAUAAAAUGCUGCGCGUUUGUUUGAUUUCUAAAUCACGCGUAUGAUUUCGGUUCUUUUAAAUUCCCAAAUUAAUGGCAAACAAAUUAAGGCCAAUAAGAGGUAAAGAGGGUAAACUCACGACCUGCGGAAACCAACCUCUCCUAUUUAAUUUUAUCUUCGUGGCUUUAACGUCACUGUCAAACUGAAUUUUACACGUAGUAGUUUGGCUAGAAAAGUAUUUACUGUUAGCUAAACGGCACUGGCCAUUAAAAAAUUAGGCCAUUGUCACUUAGAAUUAUUAACCAAAAAAACUUUGUGCUCCGUACUGCUUUACUGCGCUCUUACUAGAGUGUUGUUGCGGACGACAAGAGGAGCCCGCCAUCCUAGUCUCGAGGUUGUUAUUACGCAUGCGUCACAUUUAUGUAGCCAGCUUUCGUUUGGACUUCCACUCAUGAAUGAAUGGAAUGCACAGAACGCAAAUUGAUCACGUGCGUUUGGAUCUUCUAUCACUCGUAAUCUUAUCAAGCGUGUUUUGACCAUCUGUCACGUCAAACGUAUACGCGAAGCACAGCGCUGGAGCAAAAGUGUUUUGACCUUCGGUCAAAAAACAGUGAGUAUCUAAGAAUAUUCCGAGUUACAGGAGCCAAUCAGAAAGAGCGAAAAUUGCUAUCCACUGAUUUGUUGAAUACUAACGACAGAUAAAAUCUGCCAAUACAAGAAAUCGCGGUUGAGUUUGUUUAUUAUAGACAACAGAAAAUAAACAACUUUUUACCUCAAGUAAUGGGUGGAAGUGGUCAUUAUUGCUUUUUUGGAUGCAGUAGCCGUAGAUGUCCUCACAGCAAGCAAUAAUGACGUAAAUGCAUAACCAUUAAAUCAUCGUUACGUUUUCAGAGAAUAAACAAAAUCGACUGCGAUUACUCGCAUAUUGGAAAAUUUAUUACUUCUUUGUGCCGGGAAAUACCACGUGUCAUUGCUUUUAUCCCAUCAAUGACUAGGGCGGAUGCAAAAGAUGGCGGUUAUCACGAAUAAGGUCUAAUUCCUAGCAUUAGAGGGUACUUAUAGCACAGUAGGUAAAAGAAUGGCGGCUGUCUUUUAGUUUUUUUCUUCGUCGUAAGUAUAGUUAUGAACUCUUUAUAUACCGUAGCAUAGUAAACGAGCAAUAAUCAUGAUAAUCUUUUGGGAUUUUUAUUAUUCUCUCAGGGAAACUGCAGCUAAAACUGAAUCGCUUUUUACCAUAUUUAAAAGCACUUAUUAAUUAAAAUAUAAUCUCUUUUCUGAAAAAAAAGGUUUAUCGUGCGCUGGGUGAAGCGUUGUGGUUCUCGAAUUAAUGUUACAGGUGUGUCGAUGCGGAUAUCUUUUUAUUAUAUAAACUGCAGUGUUUUACAAGGAUUUCUACCACCGAGAAAUGUGGUAUCUGAACACACGUAAAAAUACGAUAUUUUUACAUGUGAAGAUAUCGAUAAUUUCACUGACAUCAGGUUUGUCUCUUAAAUUGUACUUAAAUUCGUUGGUGUAUCAUCGAAACAUCUUCGGGUCUUCCUCGAAAGUGCUCGGCAAUCUUCGUAAAUCUUCGGACAUCUUCGGAAAUUUUCGGAGAUUCUCGGAAAAUGUUCGGGAACGUUCGUCUGGUCUUCGGGACAAUUUGAAAAAUCUUCGGAAAUCUUCGGAAGGUGGUCGGAAAUCUUCGGAAAAUCAUCAAAAACGCCGUCAUCAGUAUGUUUAUAUAAUAAAAAGAAUAUUACACGUUAGCUCGAAGAUAUGAAUUUUAUGUUCUCGUGGCAAGAGCAAUAUCUCACUCGUUCGCUGCGCUCACUCGUGAGAUAUUGUUCUUGCUACUCGAACAUAAAAUUCAUAUCUUCUCGCCACCGUGUAAUAUUCUCUAUAUAAUGCACGUGUGACAAAGCACAAAUAGAUCAUAGAUUUGUAGAUUUAUGCCGUGAAUUCUAAACCAACUAAGCAGAGUCAGCGUAAAUAUGGAUAUCAACAUUUUACCCUGUAGCUUACACUGUGCUUCAAAAUAAUAGAAGAACUCAACAGAAAACAACAAUAUUGUGUUGCUGAGGCAACCAUUGAUAUAGCCCACGUGUAACCGCACCCUCCCCCUCAACCAUUUUUCCGUUGUCGAGGGGAGGGUGCGGCUUCACGUAGGCUACCACAUAUAUUAAACCUGACUGAGCUUCCUUUAUAGUACAGAUUGAGUCCUUCGACUUCAAUGUUUGCUGAUUAACUAAAAUUACUUUAAUCACUGACCUUGACGUUGUUGCUAACCGUGCAUGACUUAAAUGACUAAGCAAAAUCAUGUUUUUAGAUUUACUUCUGUGAGUGGAAAAUUGCAGAAGUGACUUGUGUUCCUAAAGAUGGCAAUGCUGGAAACUCAUUUGUCAAGUUUUUUUAUCGUCUAAAAACUUGACAAAUUGUCUGUGAGCCAACCUUUCAUUUACUUUGGAUAAUACCGGUAGCAGUGAUAUGGGCCGAUUGUUAAAUAAUAAUAAUAAUAAUAAUAAUAAUAAUUUAUUCAUUUAUUUUCGCUUUUUAACAUGCUAGGUGAUCAAAAGCGCAUUACAACAAUAAAUAACCUAAAAACUAUACAAAUAUUAAAAGUAUACAAAUAUAUUUGAUAUCUAAGAGAUAUUAAAAGCUAAUUUAAAAAGAUAAGUUUUAAGAUUAGAUUUCUACUUUUAAAUCUAAUCUUAAAACUUAUCUUUUUAUGUAUGUAUGUUAGUUAGUUAGGAGCAAACAAGCAACUCUAAAGCGAAAUCUCGCACGCCAAGGACAAAUAACAAAGCGAAUCCCUGGAAACAACAGUUUAACUAAUGACAUAGUCACAUAGGAAUUGAAACUUUUCAUCGAACAAGCAACUCAUUUUGUCAUUUAGUGACGCUGAGGUAAGCCUUCGAUUGAAAACUUAUCUCAAUCAAUAUAUGGGCGAAGUUAUUAGAAAAUCUUUUUAAAGCUUUUUGCUGAUGCUGUUGAAUUUUAAGGAUCGUCGCUUUUUCAAUGCAGAGAACUGUUCAGCUUGAUUAGGAGCUAGAGGUUUCCUGUUCAUGAUUCUUUACGUAAUAUAUCAAACAUGAGAUGCAGUGUUUCAUCACCAGAUGAAACACCGAGAAGAGAGUUGAAAAUACGACGCGCAGCGGAGUAUUUUUGACGAACUUCGAGGUGUUCCAUCUGGUGAUGAAACACUGUGUCGAAUGUUUGAUAUUUCUUCUCAAACAAAAUCAUUUUUGAAGGAGAAAUUAAGGAUGCAAAUACUAAGCAGUGUUUCAUCCGAUUUCCAAACACUCAUUAAACAUUAAUUUCCUUUGUAUUUUCUUAAUGAAUUAUUAAUGAGUUUGAGAAUGACGGAAUCAUGGCUGUGAAAUAAACUCGAACUCAUCGCCAUCUUGCCGACGAGGCGCACUUGAAUUCCUCGUUUAUUCUUCUGAAAGUGCGAAUUUGCAUGGCCGUUAAUCCGACUCUAAUUAUUAACUUGGCAGGCCGUUGACCAUUUCAAUUUUUUUCCGAUUUGUCGCAGGUAUACCCAACAAAAUCCAAAUCAAACUAAUCGGCAGAGAUGGGAGCCAAUGAAGACGUGUCUAUGUUUAUGUGGUUACGUAAGUUUUUUUUGUUGCUUAAACUCGACUUCUUAAUCGGAUGUGAAGUUGAGCAGAGACUGAAUGCUUUUUCCUACGUUUUCCGCCGGAAACGUUCAGUAAGAACAAGUUUUCAAGUCUAACGAAGUAAUGUCUGAAAGCGACUUAAAGAACCCUAAUUAAUAAUGCCGGGGCCUUUCCAUCUACUGCAGUUAAUAAAGUUGCAUUUUUCUUUUUACAGGUGUGAUUUUCUCUGUCCUGACGUUUCCACUUCAGAUAGCCAUGAUAGUUAUUGGUAAGUUUUUGAACAGCCCUGGUACAUACUUGUGGCAGGUGAGCACAUUCACCAAUCCUCGUGAUUUGCGAAGCUGUACAAAAUAAAACUCCAAAGGCAGCAGAGUUGAAAAGAAAAGCCAUUAUAUAGCUAAAGAGUGCAAAUGAAAGGAAUUUAUUUCACAAACGGAGCUUGGUACGUGGUACCAAUACUAUUGAUCAGAAUUAUUCUGUAUGCCAUAGUCUUUGACUGUCUCUGAUGAAGGCUACCGCAAAAAUUGUUACACUCAUCAAUCGGACGAUAAUAUUCCACUUGCUCGAAUGAAAUGAAUUCUAGUUUCAAACCACAAAAAGACGAUAGUUUUGAGCCUAGGAUCAAAGCGGAGUUUAGGGAAAACAGUAACUUUUGAAUUGCUGAAUUUAGUUAUAUUCACCCGGGAAUUUUAAGAUUUCAAGAGGAAUUCUAGGAGAAAAGUGAAGAAGGUGUUGUUAAAAAACCUGACAAGCCCAACUUCUUUCAGUAUCUGUGAAGGUGACUUUAAAGAGAUAGUCUCAUGAGCUGCGCAUGCUCGGGAAAUCGCUGUCAAAAUCACUCUUCCCGUUUCUCGCUUGAAUUCAGUUUUAUUGAAAAAGGGGUCGUUUGGCAACACAAGACUUAUACUUCCCGCCAAAAUGCCGCUUGUUCCAGUAAGUGUUCUUUCUUUAGCGGGUAGAUUAUGCUCUGGAGGGUUCUAAAUUUUGACUGAGCGAAUAAAUAUGUUAUUUUUGUCGCUUGUUUCACACUAAGGAGGCAACGAAAAGAGGAAAUGCGUGUAUUAACAUACGGGCAUUUCUGUAAAUUCCAGAAAGGCGGGAAAUCUUGCGACCAAAGCUAAAAAAAGAAGCAUCUCUUACAAAAAGACUAUAAAUGAAACUACGGUUUUACCCUAGACUUUUAACCCUCGACCCUCGAAACUACCCUCGACCCUCGACUUUACCCUCGACUCUCGACACUUUACCCUCGACAAAAACCUACACUCUUUGUCCUCUGAUGCAAAAGCAUUUUGUAUAACCUCUUUUGAAACGUAAAGCUCUCUGUUGCGGCUAAAUAAGAGUUUUCUGUUCUUUAAUUUUCUCCAAAUUGCCUUAUAGAUCUGAAUAACUAAUCGAUUUUCCUAUGUCCCUGAAUAUGAUGGUUUCCUGCAAUGUUUUGUCACGCUGGUUUCAAUUCGUUAGUGUUUUAUAUAGGAGGUUAAAUUUCACUAGCAUUGGCUCUUUUUCAUAAAAAUGUUUUUCCGGCCCAGGCUUAAUAUCCUUGUUUCUGACGAUUUCAGGCUGAAAAUAUUCAACACAUACAAAAAUGAAAAUAUACAAACGUGCCGCGAAAUCUCUGUCGCUGGAACCUUCAAAUCCUACCUCUAAUUUCACACCAAGCCACGAAAAAACCAAGCUUCCUUAUGACUGCUUGAGAUCGGAAAUCGUUCUGUUGCCACCCGAAUUCUAUCUUUUACCGCCAUGGCCGGCUUUACCACUUGUGGCCCCCAUCUUGUUUUUGCCAGAUUAAUCUUUAAAAAUUCGGCAGAAUUUUUCAAGAGUUACGUUUCGGCUUACACAUGCGCAGUUGAUGAGAUUUACCCUUUAAUAAUAAGAAUUAUUAUGUGGCUACAAUAGUACGCGCGGUCCAAUUGGCUGCUGAGCGAGCAAUAUUUCCUUUUAAUGACCGGGCAUUAUUAGCCUUGUGUCCAAGGCAUAUACAAUCUGUGUUUGACUUGAUAGUGGAUAUCCAUGUUAUGGUCAAUUGACAGCUGUCGCUGAACAAAGUCACAUGACUGUAUCGCGGGCUCAAGUGUACAACCCAUUGAAGUGACGUGUUUUUUCAAAGUUAUCUGCUGACCAGUUAUUGGUUUUAAUUGAUUGCAAGUUCAAUAACUUCCAGUGUUUUAUAUUAAUAGCGCUAAAAAGGUAAUGUAAUAAAUAACUUAUUAACCUCGCUAUCGCUCGGUCAAUACACGAAGGCCUCGGUCUGCGAUUGCCCUGUAAUCACCAAACGGAUGAGGUUUAAUAAGAAGGAUAUAAUAAACUUUCAGGACACCUCUGCAAGAGCAGUGUACACGGUGAUGUAAGUGCCACUUCGUGGAAUUACCAUUAAACCAUUAUUAUGAUUAACGAUUUAGAAAUAUACAUACAAGAAAACAUUGAUGAUAAAACCCGACGUUUUGGGGUCUCCUUGACUCGAUUUUCAAGGUACAGUACAGGUAAAUUAUUAAUUGAUACUUUACGUGACGACUGGUUUAAGCAUUUCUACAUUAGAGAUCGGGCAAAAACGAAUCAGUUUAGAGAAAACUGCAUAAUUUUGCCCGACAACUUCCUCUAUAUAUAUAGCUUCGCAGGAACAUUUUGAAGGCGAGUAAGGUGAAAACUUACGUUCUUAUAACUUAGCACGUACUUUUGAUCUAACAGCAACAAAAUCGCCGACUUUCAUCAUGUUUCGAAUCCUUCGGCAGUGUUACUAAUGAUCGUGGUUUUUUUUUAGGUGCUAAAUACAAGGAUGAUUGUCCUGUGGAAAACAUGAUCCCAAUUUACUUAAUAGUUGGUGGAUCAGCUGGUCUAUUGAACAUUUUCUGCGCAUGCGCAGCAGAAUACAGAGGAGAUCACGUGAUCAAAAAGUUGUGCAGACUCGUCUUACUGCCUCUGUUUGCUUGGUUCAUUGCUGGCAACGUAUGGAUCUAUAAAAAUAACGAACCUAACUACACCGAUCCCGAGAGCCCCUAUUUCUGCCACAAAACGCUGUAUCUAUUUGCUUUCUGGGUAAUUACUUCGUAUUAUAUCUUCUUUGGUGUCGUGUUAGUUAUC